AUGGCUGAAGAUGAAGAUACUCCUAUGCAGGAUACCCCGGCGCGAACGGAGGAUGAAUCCGAAUCUGGGAGUGGAAGCGGAAGUGAGAGUGAGGAUGAGGGCCAGCAGGAGGUGGAAUGGUUAGCUACGACUCGUGAGAAGAGAUCCACGGCUGGAAACCGGAUGCACAACCUGUUACAACAAGAGGAAGAAGAUGAUGACUUGGAGUUACUUUUCGCAGAAGCCGACGACGAUGUGGGCUUUUCAGAUGCAGAGGCAGACUCGGAUGUGCAGAUGGAUUCCUCAGAUGACGAUGAGGACCAAGGGCCCGCUGCUGGCGAAGAUGAUCUGGAGGGUGAGAAGGAGCUGCAGAAGCAGGCGAGGGCAGAGAAAGCGAAGAAGCGGAAAUUGGAUAGAGGGAUGCCCAAGGGCUUCAAGAAGAGGGUCAAGAUAGAUCCCACGGUCAUCCAAGCUCCUCCUCCACCACGACCCAAGAAGAAAUCAGAACGCGCUUCAUGGCUACCGACUGCGGAUGAAGCACCUACAAGAGCUUCGGCGAGAGGGACUACGAAGGAGAGCAAGCAGCAACUACAUGCGCAGAUGGUUGAUCGCGAGAUCAAGAGGCUGAAUCAGUUGAGGCAGAUGGAGAAGGCAGCUAAAGCGAAGGAAGCUGCUAAGAAACCUGUCAUGACACAAGAGGAUCGGUUGAAGGAGGCUGCUAGGGUGGAGAGGAGCAAUGCAAAGAGUUUGUCUAGAUGGGAGGAGGCUGAGCAGCAGAGAGAGGAAGAGCAGUUGGCGAAAUUGGCUGCGCUGAAGAAUAGGGUUCUGGAGGGACCAGUCAUUACAUGGUGGAGUGGUGUGGGAGAAUGGGUUGGAGGGAAGCUGAAGCAAGUUGGGAAGAACUUGAUUAUUGAGGAGAAAGAGAAGCCUACUAAGAAGCGCAAGGCUGCUGAGUUGGAAGAGUCCGAGACUGGAUCUGUUGUUGCUGGACCUACGAAGGCUGCUGACAAGCAAGAGAAUGCAACAUCGACAGAAGAACCAGCAAAGCCAUCUCCAGCUCCCGUUUCCAAAUCUGACGAGGAUGAAAAACCGAACUCGAACGAGGCUGUCAACAAAGAGCCUAGUCCGACGAUACCAAAGGAAGUCACUCCACUGGCUGCUCCUACACAUACGCCGACGCCCGAGAUGCGGUUCCCACCAGCCGUUCCAUCUCCCAGAUAUAUUCCAUCACCAGGUCCACCAAACUCGUCAGUCCUAGCUCCUCCGCCAGGCUUUCCAAUGAGCGGCCCACCGUACUCCUCUGUCCUUGCCCCUCCCGCAGGACUACCCCUCAGUGCUCCACCACUUCCUCCAAAUGCACUUCACCGCCCAUAUGUCAUAUCGUCGCCGGCAUUUGAUGGAUCUACGCCCUUACCUGGAUUUGGAACAUAUCCUCCACCUCCGCCAUUCUCAGUCCCAACACCUCCUCCUCCUCCUCCUGUCAUCGAGCAGCCUCCCGCGGAAGACCUACCUCCAAAAGUCGAACACGCUGCUUGUAACUACUUCAUUCUCGAGAACUUCGACGAGACUGCCAUCAAAGACAAGAAUGUACAGACCCAAAUUAUUUUUGGUAGAAAGUUCGUCAAGGCUCCAAGAUCCAAACAUUCACAUGAGGUUUGUGUAAUCACUGGCCACCCUGCUCGGUACCGAGAUCCAAACACGGGUCUUCCAUACUAUAACUCGUAUGCCUAUAAAGAAAUCCAAAAGCUAAAAAAGAGUGAGUACAAGUGGAGUCGAUUGGUGGGAGCAUAUGUCGGCACGGCCACAUACUCAGCGAGGGGUGUUCCGGAGCGCUUCCGGAACCCUAAUGCACCACGACCAGACGCAGUAGUUGCAAAUCCUGAUCCAAGCACAAGCACAAGCACGGGCGGAAGCACUGCAGCCUAA